CAUGUGCUUCAGUUUCCUUCACCACUUUCAUACUUCUUCCUCUAUUCUUGCUUGCUACCUUUCCUAGCCUGCAUUUUUGGUCUUCUGGACAAGCUUUCCUCUUUCGUGUUCUUCUUCUUCAGAUUGAAUAACGAACUUGACGUCUCGGUUAUUUUAUCCACACCAUUGGCAACUGUCGUCCGCUGUUUCCAAAGCCAUCUUCUCGCAUCAGGCGGCGCCAUGUCAACGGCCCAGAGCCCUGCGACCGCGGUGGCGGCGGCGGUGGAGAAGACCAAGCACUGGGCUCCGCACGGCCCGGCGCUGACGGCCUGCCUCGUGAGCAUCAACCUGCUCAUGAUCCUCCUCAUCUUCUUCUACUUCUGGCGGUUCUUCUCCGGGAAGCGUGGUUCCUUGUCUCCCGGCGGCGGAAACGACGAGGAGGCGUCGUCGUCGGCCGACAGUUCGCCGGCGAACUCGCCGAGGGGGUCCAGGCGCCUGACCGACCCCGACCAGCUGCCCGUGUCCGUGUACGACUCGAGCAGCGACGACCCCGCCGGCGGGAAGGCGGAGUGCGCGGUGUGCAUCGUGGAGUUCCGGGACGGCGACCUGGCCCGGCUCCUCCCGCGCUGCGGGCAUCGAUUCCAUGCGGCGUGCGUCGACGCGUGGCUGCGACUCCAUUCCACGUGUCCGCUCUGCCGCGCCGACGUAGUUGCCCCGCCGCCCGCCGCUGCCGAGCCAAAGAACGGCGACCCCAAGGACGACGGCGGCGAACAGUGCCCUGUGUGAGCUCGGCGGAUGAGAUCCACGCCAAUGCAGAGGAGGGGAGGAGCACGUAACGGCGGAAGGCGACAAGAUUCUUCCCGUCGGCGUCGCUGUCCUUUAGCUGACUCGCGCAAAAAGUCGGCGAGGUGCGGUUGGCUUUCGUCGUCUCUUGUUUUGCGGUGCCCAUCCUGUUAUAUCUUCUUCUCAGUUUUAGGCCUAUUUGGAGAUGACCAAGGCAUACAUAUUUAGAUCAGUCUUCUUAUAUUUGAUGCCCGUAUGAUUGGAAUUGCAAGAUUAG